GCGGGGAGGAUGGCUCCGUGGAGGAGUCCUUGGCCGUUCCCGUGGGUCGCAUUGGACACCUCAUCGGCAAGGGUGGUAAGAACAUCCAAGACUUGGAAAAGCUGACUGGUGCAAGACUGCGUGUCUUGCCGGCCGCGAAUGACGAGGAGGACGAGCAACGGCUCUUGGUCUCCGGUACACCCAAAGCCGUUGAUCUGGCAAAGAAGCACUUGCGGAAGUACAUUCCCACCCUGCCGGACGAAGUGACCGCCUCAGGCGUCCCUGAGCGCCGUAAGACGGAGACGGCCGCCGAACCACCGGCAGAACCGUCGCCGGGGGAGAGCUUGCGGGGCCGACGCGCACAGGCAGCAGAGGUCUUGGAGGCUGCUGGCCGAGCACGGAACUCGCUGAAGGAAGUGGCCAGAAGUCGCAGCAGCUCCACGUCUUCGCGCACGCGGGUGAAGCGGCUUCGGGAGCGGAAGAAAGGCAUCAGCUUGGAGGAGUACCAGGUGAUGCUCCGCAAGCAGAAGGAGUUGGAUGCCGCCGCAGCCAAGGCCGAGGAGAUGGCGGAGUCCGCUCGCGCCUUCGCCCGACGAGUGGCCGAGGAGGACCGACAGCGGGAGGAAGUCUGGGACGACGACCUGAAAGGGAUGAGAAUGGAAAUCUCUGAAGUGCGAAGACUGCGAGUCGAAGGACUUGGGCAUUUUCUCAAGACCUUCGACGCGGACGUGGUUACUGAUCUCAUCACCAAGCCUCGAAUCACUCCUGACGACCUGACGGCUGCCAAGACGGCUUUUGCUGGUGGACGACCACGUUGA